UAACAGGUGAACCUCAAUCAAGAUCGACAUCCAGUCGAACUAUCUAACAUUGAUUAAGAACUCUUUCAAGUUCAACUUCAGUCCCAUCAGCUUGGUGGACAUGAUUCUAACAGGAGAGGAGUGGUCACCAUUCCUGUCCAUCAAGGACAGUCCCGCCCCCUCACCGUCCGUUUACCAAGGUUAUGAUGAAGGCGACCAAUUAAAGACUGGACCAGAGUCGCGCCUUCCCAACGACGUUCAACAUAACCACGAGGACAUAGGCCUUUCUUUAUACGAGGCUGUUAGCUUCAGCCAAUCAAGUCCGAAUGAGAUUGUGGACAACCAAUCGGWCAACAGACAACAGGAAGUAGACAACAACAAUGACACAGGAGCUGAUGCCAUUGCUGUCAUCAAACCGAAGAUACUAUUGGACAAUGAUGCAGCGGAGGAGAGUGAGUUGGACCACUCCAGACCCAUAUCUAAGGACAUCCAUGACUCUGUUGAAUUAUGCAAGUCCCCCAUAAGGACCCAAUCAAAGGACCUUCUUGACUUCCUCUGUGUUGAGUCACUUGGAGUUCUGGACAGUUCUGCUCAGAAACAUAAAAUUCGUCUGAGCAAAAAGAGAAAGCACAGACUUCCGAGGCUAAAGAAGACAAAAACAGAGACCUUCAAUAUAAGAUGCACUGCAAUCAAAGCCCCCGAAAUCAAAUUCCUCAAACCCUCUCCUCCUUCCACACUCUCCCCCACAUCACUCCCUCCUUCCUCCUCUUCCUGCUCCUCUCCCUCCUAUGUCUUUCCGUCCUCUGUUUUCUACAACAUCCCUCCGUCCGCUGAAGAACAGGACCCUGUGACAUCACCGACACAGGACAACCUCUCUGUURAGGUCAGAGUUCAUUUGACCCCAUAA